UUUUUUUUUUUUUUUUACCAUGGUAGAUAGAGGACCUAUCUCUUUACCAUCUGAUACUCCUUCCGAUAAUUGGUGGCAACGUUUUCAACAAUGGUUUGACAAGAAACUUGAAGGUGAACAGGCUCCUUUAUUGGCUGACGCUGGUGUAUCUAGAAAACGACGUAGAAGAAAUAUCAAAAUUAUUAUUACAUCCAUUCUGAUUGUGAUUGUUUUGGUAAUUAUCACCAUACUUGCUAUUGACUGGACUAGAGAUGAAGUAUCUCCACCCAAAAAACAUUCUCCAAGUGAUGCUGAAAAGUUGGUGAUUAGUUUGCCUUCUGCUGAAAAUACACGCGACUUUUUGAAAAAAUAUACUUCUGAAGCUCAUUUGGCCGGUACUCCCAGUGAUGAACGACAAGCGGAAUGGACUCGUGACAAGUUUGCAGAAUUUGGUGUAGAAAGUCGAAUUGAUACCUAUUAUCCUUUAUUGAAUUAUCCUAUCGCUCACCGUUUGGCCUUGAUCUCAGGUCCCAAGCAUUUACAAUUUGAAGCUACCUUACGUGAAGACCCUGUUGCAGAAGAUGAAACAAGUUUGAAUCCUGAUGUUGUUCCCACUUUUCAUGGUUAUUCAAAGAAUGGUACUGUUACUGGUCCUGUCAUUUAUGCCAACUACGGUACAUUAGAAGAUUUCCAAUAUCUAGUUGAUCAAGGUGUCCAAGUUAAUGGUACUAUUGCUCUUGUACGUUAUGGUGGUUCCUUCCGUGGUCUCAAAUUGCGUGCUGCUGAAAAAUAUGGUUGUAUUGGUGCUCUUAUCUAUUCCGAUCCUAUCGAUGAUGGACCAAUAAACAAAGAUCAAUGGCCCUUCAUCAACCCUGCAAAAUCUUACCCUGAGGGACCAUGGCGUUCCGAAAGUUCAGCUCAAAGAGGUUCGGUCCAAUACUUAUCUUUAUUAGCUGGUGAUCCCCUUACUCCUGGUUAUGCUGCUACUAAGGAUGCAGAUCGUAUUGCCCCUGAAGAUAGUCCAGGAUUGACAAAGAUUCCUUCUUUACCGUUAUCAUGGAAAGAUGCAUUGCCUUUACUCAAAGCUACUCAAGGACGCGGUGUCAAGGGUGAUAAGUCAUGGAAAGGUGGAUUGGAUCAAGUGGAUUAUUACUCUGGUCCUACCGAAGGUGAUGUCAUCUUAACUAAUCAUGUCGACAACAAGAUUACUCCUAUUUGGAAUGUGAUUGGCCGUAUCAAUGGUACCGAAGAACCCGACCGUGCUAUUAUUCUUGGAAACCAUCGUGAUGCUUGGGUAUACGGUGCUGUUGAUCCCUCCUCAGGAUCCGCUGCUUUGUUGGAAUCUGUUCGUGUGUUUGGGGAACUUUUGAAAACCGGUUGGCGCCCACGCCGUACCAUUAUUUUUGCUUCUUGGGAUGCUGAAGAAUAUGGAUUAGUUGGAUCUACUGAAUGGGUGGAAGAUAAUCGUGAUUGGCUCAACAAAGAAGGUACCACUUACAUCAAUAUGGACACUGCUGUUUCUGGUCCUCAUUUCGCUGCCAAAGCAUCUCCAAGUUUGAAUCAACUUUUGUACCAAGUAACCAGCAAUGUGAAUGAUCCUCGUACUGGUGGCUCUGUAUAUGAUGCAUGGGCAAAUCUUACCAAGGCAGACACUCCCCAGGUGGGUACUCUUGGCUCUGGCUCUGACUUUGUAGGCUUUUUGGAUCAUAUUGGUAUUGCUAGUUUAGACCUCAACUUCCAUGGUGAUUAUGGUGUGUAUCACAGUAAUUAUGACAGCUUCCACUGGAUGGAAAAGUUUGGUGAUCCUACUUUUGAAUAUCAUGCUACAAUGGUGCGUAUUGCCAGUUCCUUAGUACUCCGACUCUCUGAUGAUCGUGUGUUGCCCUUCCAUCCCAUCGACUAUGCCAAGGAACUAUCAAAAUACGUAGACAGCAUUGAAGAAUACGCUGGUGGAAAGGAAUUCGAUAGCAUCCGAAAAGCUGUGAAAAAAUUAAACAAACGCGCACGUCGAUUUGAACGUCGUCUGAAUCGUCUUCAAGAUCGUUUAGAAGAAUACAAGGGUGUGGAGGAUGAUGCUGUGCCAAGUGUGUUAAUCUCCCGUGUCAACAAGGCCAACAAACGAUUGACUUACUUUGAACGCGGAUUCAUUGACCCUGAAGGUAUCUCUAGUCGUCCUUGGUUCAAGCAUGUGGUUUACGCGCCCUCUCUCUGGAAAGGUUAUGAUUCACAAACAUUCCCUGCUAUUGCCGAAGCUAUUGAUGAAAAGGAUAAUGAACUCUUGGCUCAUACUGUGGAACGUGCUGCAAAACAGAUUUAUGAAGCUACUGAAAAGUUGAAGGCCGAUUAGUCGAUUGAUUUUUUUUUUUUUUUUUGGAAUCUCUCUCUGUUGAAAUAAAGUAUUAUCAUUAUUAUUACCUAUCUUU